AUGGACAUCGAUACUAUCACAGGAGAUUGGCUGACUACCAUGUCAUGGUCCAAGGACGAAGCUCAAUCAACUUACGUAUAUCUUUCAGAUCUGGACAACACGAGCAGACACAAGGCCCCUCGAUUCUUUGAUGAUGACGAUGAAACUAUGUCAGAAUAUGAAGACUUUUAUCAGCGUAUGAUGGACCUGGAAGAAUCGUCAAUUAGGAGGUAUCUUAUCUCUAUUGGAAUGUAUCUGUUUAUCAGCAGAGCUAUUCGCAGUACGGACAACUCUAAGAAUGAAGAGGAAAAGGAAAAGGACGAAUGUCUACAAAGGAAGCCAUUGUCGAACUUGGAAAAGUGUGGUUGUUGUCCUCAGAAGAAGACGCAAAGUACACCCAAAUCUGUGCGUUUUGAUGACGAUUCGAGUCGUGUUUGCUACUUUUACAAGUCUGAGCAGCCAAACAUGAUCAAGUACUCCCCUCAUCGUCUUGGGGUCGACUUGAAUCGUAUUGGCGAAGAAGAAGAAAGGGUUGUCAGGAUCCCCCGCAAGUGCAAGAGUAGAAAGACUCGACACCAAAAUCCCUCUAUCCCACCUUAUCGCAAGAUUCGAUGA